AUGAACUCUUUAUAUGAGCUCGAUCCAAAAUGGAAGAAACUAUUGAAGACAGAUAAUUUUCUCGGCGGGUUAACGGUAAAUGAAUUCGUACAAGAAUUGAGUAAAGACCAUCGUAAUGAUGUGUUAAUUGACACUAACACGAAAAAUCUCACCACUAACGAAAAGGAUCAAGAUACAAUCCGAGAGGCUAUUUGGAAGCAACUAGAUCCAAAACCCUACAUUAGAACUUUUGAAUCCACCUUGAAGGAACUUAAAAACUUGAAUGAAGAAACCUUAAAUAAAAGACAGUACUAUUGCGAACAAGUGGCUACUCAAGAGGUAAUACAUUCAGAGAAUGUAAUAAAAUUAUCGAAGGAUUUACACACUACUUUACUCACUUUUGACAAACUAGAUGAUCGCUUAACGAGCGUUACUCAAGUUGUUUCGCCAUUGGGUGAUAAAUUAGAAACAGCGAUUAAGAAAAAGCAAAACUACAUUCAAAGUGUAGAGCUGAUUCGUAGGUAUAAUGACUUCUAUUCUAUGGGUAAAUCAGAAAUUGUUGAACAAUUAAGGCGCUCAAAAAAUUGGAAAUUGAAUUUAAAGUCUGUAAAAUUAAUGAAGCAUCUACUAAUAUUAUCAUCUAAGCUGGAGACAAAUUCAAUACCAAAAACAAUCAACACAAAGCUGGUUAUUGAAAAGUACUCUGAAAUGAUGGAAAAUGAACUGCUUGAGAAUUUCAAUUCGGCCUAUAGAGAGAACAAUUUUACUAAAUUAAACGAAAUCGCCAUCAUUCUCAACAAUUUUAAUGGUGGUGUUAAUGUCAUUCAAAGCUUUAUCAACCAGCAUGAUUAUUUCAUUGAUACCAAGCAGAUAGAUUUAGAGAAUGAAUUUGAAAAUGUUUUCAUAAAGAAUGUGAAGUUUAAAGAAAGGCUCGUCGAUUUUGAAAACCACGGUGUUAUUGUUGAAACAUCCAUGCAAAAUCUGAUUAAUGGUGUUGAAACUGUGAUAAAAAAUGAAUCUAAAGUUGUAAAAAGAGUAUUUGAAGAAAAGGCCACUCACGUGAUACAGCUGUUUAUUCAGAGAGUUUUUGCUCAAAAAAUUGAACCCAGAUUUGAAGUUUUAUUGAGAAACUCUCUUUCUAUUUCAAAUCUGGCAUAUGUGAGAAUAUUACAUGGACUUUUCACAUUAUUCAGUAAAUUUACUAAAAGUUUAAUUGAUUACUUUCAGCUACUAGAAAUUGACGACAGUAAUCAAAUUUUAUCCACAACCUUAGAGCAAUGCUUUGCUGAUUUGUUUUCUCAUUAUUUAUACGAUAGGUCUAAAUAUUUUGGAAUUGAAAAAAGAUCUUUGGAGGCAAUCUUGGUGGAAAUGACAUCUAAGUUCACAGUAAACUAUGAUAAAGAAAUUAAUAAAAGGAUUCUAUUAGAAAAGUAUAAGGAGAAACUAUCUACCAACGUAGAUGCAUUCAUGCAUUCCCCCAGGAGGAACACACACUCUCGCCAAGAUUCAACAUCAAGAAGCAAAUUGUCACAGUUUAACUCCUUUUUGAAAACUCAUUUAGAUAAGGAUCAUUUAAGUCUAAACCGUACAAAUACUUUAAGCGAAUCCCUUACCAACAGCUCUUCCUCUACACAAUAUGAUGUAGCACACAGCUCUACAAAUUUGAUGAAUACAAAUGGUGUGAUAAACGAUAUUGAUACUAGUACAAAGAGCCCUAUGAAUUAUUCAUUGAAUGAUGUUGACUCCAUGCUAAAGUGUGUAGUGGAAUCUACUGCAAGAGUAAUGGAACUAAUCCCAAACAAGGCCAAUCUAUACAUUUUAGAAAUACUGAAAAUAAUGUUUUUAGGGAUUAUUGAUUCCUACAUGGAAAUCGCAUUAGAAGUUGCUUAUUGGAAAGUUUGUAAAGUUGACAUUAAUAAAACGGCGGGUGUGGUAAACUUGAAUUUUUUGAAAUUGAUCUCAAUGAGCACAGAGAUAUUAGAUUUGUUAUCAAUAUCUAUCAAAUCAAUUUUCUUACCGCUAUUGAAUAAUUCACCUGAAAUCAAAGCUGAAAUUAUUGAGAUGACCAAUUCUCAAAUUCAAAAGAUGGAAAUACUGAUCAAUAUUAUUCUACAAGAAACCAUUACAGUAAUUUCAACAAAAUUUUCCACAAUCUUAUGUAAGCAAAAAAAGAAGGAUUUUGUACCAAAAUCUCAAGAGCUAUUAGAUCAAGACACCUUACCAGCUAUUGAAAUAGUUGAUAUUUUAAACUUAAUUUUUGAACAAUCUUCCAAGUUUCUUAAGGGAAAAAACUUACAAACAUUCUUGACUUUGAUUGGGGAAGAGUUGUAUAAUUUAUUAUUGUCACAUUAUUCACAUUUCCAAGUUAAUUCCGUUGGGGGCGUUGUAGUUACAAAGGAUAUCAUAGGUUAUCAAACAGCAAUAGAAGAAUGGGGAGUGGCGGCUUUGAUCGAAAAAUUUGUUACUCUGAGAGAACUCGCAAAUUUGUACACUGUUCAACCUGAAUUAUUAGAAUCAUUGACUAAAGAGGGGCAUUUAGCAGAUAUUGGAAGGGACAUCAUUCAGAGCUACAUUUCCAAUAGAGAGGACUUCAACCAUGACAGUUUCAUUAAUGGAGUCAAGUUAAAUUUUAGAUAA